AUGUCAGGUUUUGACUGCCUGAGCUUAUUGGGAUCUAUUCAACCUCCGGCCAAUGACAAAGAGUGUUGUCCUCCAUGUGAACCGGGUCCUAGCAGUGGCAAUUGUUUACUAAACAAGGGAAAAUUUGAUUACAUCAAGACAAAGGAAAACUGCACGUCCAGGAUUAAGUAUCAGCACAACACAUGUCGCGGAACGUGCGAGUCCACGUCCACUUCAACGUAUGGUGAGACCGGCUUGGAUUCGUUCUGCGCAUGUUGCCAGCCUUCAGUGGGAAAACUCUGGACUGCGACUCUGGACUGCCCUAACAAUGAAGUCCGAUCGACAAACUUUUUCGAGAUUAGAGCGUGUCGCUGUCGACAGUUCAAGUGUGUUUCUGAGCAAGACAAAAGCGGAAUGGAAGAGAUUAACGAAAAAGGUCAAGUUGUGGACGUCAACCAACAGAGUGUCGGCCGAAGACGUCGCCGUUAAUCAAUUACAGGGGAAGGACUGGGUCAAAUUAUCAACUAUCUCACAAAUUCUUAACCUUAUAUGAUGGGGGAGUUAAUGUUUAAUAAAAAU